AUGAAGUUCGCCAUUGCCCUCACCAUUGCUGCCGCUGCUACCGGCCACGCUCUUAGCAUCAACAGACAAACUGCCGAAGACUUGGAACUUUUGCAUCAGACAGAUGGCCUCUUGAUUCGAGGCGAGCCCGUGGUAGAAGCCCGGGGCGAUAGCAACUCGCAGUGUGGAUCACAAAAUGGCAGCACAUUCUGCCGCAAGGAGCGCCGUGAAGGCAACAAGCUUAUUGGAGAGGCUACCUUGCAGAAGAUCCAGGGCACGGUGAACAUGGGUUCCAUUCCCAUGAAGGGUAUUCCCGCAGCUGGGCCAAGGGGAACGAUGAUGGCGAACUCCGCUGGCGAGCUGUAUGUGGGUGGCCCCCAGGGCAACUCCUUUGUCGGCACAGCAGCCAUGAACAAGGAGUUUAAAUAUGUGAUUGAGUACCAAGGAUCUUCGAUGAUGUUUACUAUGGAGGGUGGCAAGCCAGUUCAAGUUAAAAUGUAA